AUGCAUUCACCAUCUUGCCUGAUCAGUGCCCUCGGGCUCGCUGCCCUCGCAGCAGCAAGGCGUUGCACCAACCUUAGUGUCCCCGUCCACGUCCAAGCCCGAAACGCCGUAUUCAAUCUCACGACGCCCCAGAGUGACAUCGACGUGAUCAAUUUCGUCCUCGACAACACGCAGAACGGCCACAAUUUCACCGCCGAGCUGUUGACGGGCUACGCAGACGUUGGCGGCCAGUAUACCAUCACAGCGACAUACUGCGAGCCCGACAACGGGCCCUCGGGCACUGUACAGCUGCUGACCCACGGCAUCGGCUUCGACCGCUCGUACUGGGACCUGCCAGUGAACAACUUCAACUACAGCUACGUGGCGCAGGCGAACGCAGCUGGGUACAGCACUUUCUCGUACGACCGCCUCGGUAUUGGCAUGUCCUCGCGCGGCGAGCCUGUGAAUGAGAUCCAGUCGUCGCUCGAAAUCGCUGCGCUGUACGAGCUCACAGUGCGGCUCCGGGCGGGCUCGAUCAAGGGCGUUGGCUGCGGCUUCGACAAGGUCGUCCACGUGGGCCACUCUUUCGGCAGCAUCCAGAGCUACUCUCUGACCGUGCUCUAUCCGCAUGCCAGCGACGGUUUGGUGCUCACCGGAUUUACCCAGGCAGCCAACUUCGUGCCUUACUUCAACCUGGGUGGGAAUUUUGUCCUCGCCACGGAAGUUCCGGCCUUGUCGAGUUAUCCGGUAGGCUACUUUGCCGCCGGUGACAUCUCUGGCGUCCAGACCAACUUCUUUGCGCCGGGCAUGUUCGACCCGGAGCUGCUGAACCUGGCGUAUACGACUGGGGAGCCAGUCACUCCAGGAGAGCUCCUCACGAUCGGCGCCCAGACCUCAUCGGUGAAUCCGACCACGGCACCAGUCUUGAUCAUCACUGGAGGCCGUGAUAUUCCAUUCUGCGGAGGCGACUGCAGAGUGACGACAAACGCGAGCAUUCCGAAUGUACUUGAGAUGUCCCGGGCUGAAUUCCCAAACACAACCAACUUCACGGCUGUAGUCGUCGGCGAGGCGGGCCAUGGCCUAAACCUGGAAUAUUCUCAUCCCUUCACGUACAGCACCAUCCUGGACUUUGUUGAACAGAAUGUUGGCGCGGCGUAA